AUGGAACCUCAUUCUCGGUUUUCCCAGUUCAAUAGCAGACAAACAAGGGCCGGCCCCCUUACCCACAAUGCGCGUUACAUGGAAGUCCAAUCAAAACCAGUGGACCCUCUCGAGAAUAUCAAACAGCGUCCAACCCCCUCCAGAAAGUCUUCUUCCGCUUCCGCCUCUUCGCUGUAUAUGUCUAGACCCAUCGCAACCAAUUCUAGAAUCAAGCAGGAUGAACAGUACCGGAAGGAUAUGUACCUUGCAUUUGUGAACAACGCCUUGCAGCAAAAGAAGAAUGGUAUAUCUGACGCAUUCGACGAACUAGUCGAUCAGUUCAAUCCAAAGAAGUCCACCCCGGAAGCGGCGGCAUUGCCUGCACAACAGCUCCAGCUCUGGAUUCUUGCUCUCUCACAUGUUGUGUCUCGUCUUGAACGAUAUCAUUCAGCUCUCGUAGAAGCCAUAGUGAACGUUCCCUGGACGACCAUGGACACCAGCUUCGUAAAAUCGUAUACGUCGUUCAUUGGAAUGCUUGUCAGUGCGAGACCGGAAUACCUUUCUCUCGUGCUGGGGAAAGUCGCGCAUGGGUUCACUUAUCAAUCUGGACUGCAAGCAUUAGACUCUGGUCUGCCCACAAGCUCGUCGAGACCUCUAACUCGCCGCAUUGUAUACGAUCGUAUACACUUCCUGCUACAACACCUCCUAUCUCUUGUACCCACGCUGCCCUCUACGCUCCACCCUCUUUUAGUACGCAAUUUUCCACAUAAAAGGCAAACCCAGGCGGCCCAGGUGACAUAUAUCCGCAAUAUAUUGAAAGUCACUGAGUAUUGCCCUGAACUUACGGAAGGCAUUUUCGCGACCAUUAUUGAUCGUGCCAUCCAGAUCGAUGUAGAGAUACAAGUAGAGUUGGAAGAAUUAGAAGAACAACUGGCAUCACAUGAUCAAGAGGAGAUUUUUGACUUGGACCCAUUUGAUACUGUUGUGGGGCAGGAAGGAGAAGAUGCUGAAUCGGAUGCUGAAUCUGAUGGAGACGACGGAGAUAAUUUGAGCGACCUCUCAUCGGAUGCAGGUGGAGACGUUGGCGAUGAUGAGAGGCCUGCGAAUAAUGUCCCCAUCGACUAUCAGCGUGUGCAGUCAAUGGUCAAUAAGCUAGACGCCAUCCUGAAGGAUGUCCUGGAUCAUUUCAAUCGUGGUAUUGGCGCAAAUUCUCCCUCUUCAAUUUCUUCACCCAGAUCGCGAUCACCGCGGUCCGACUCACCUCUAGUCCCAUCGGAUCGCGCUCAAGCCAUUCCAAUAGAAAUUGUCGAAGACGAAAAACCAAUCCGACGGCAGGAAUUCCACACAUUGUUGUCGCUCUUCGAUCGAACGAUCCUCCGCACGUUCAAAUCACGAUACACGCAAUUCCUCGUGUUCUGGUACUCCUCGCUGGAUGCGGAGUUCAGCGACCUUUUCCAAGGAAUGCUCGUGUCCAAGGCUCUGCUGGAGGAGGACCAGCCCGCAGUAACGCGCGCCGCAGCGGCAAGCUACAUCGCGAGCUUCGUGAGCCGUGCGACAUUCGUCGACCGCGAGAGCGCACGCCGUGUCGUUGCGUGUCUAUGCAAUUUUCUCGGGAGCAGGCUGGAUAUCCUCGAUGCCGUGACAGACGCAGGCGCGGUGCCACCAAGCAUGUCGCACCAUAGUGUAUUCUACGCGGUUGCGCAGGCCGUGUUUUUGAUCUUUUGCUUCAGAUGGCGGGAUCUCCUGGAGGAGCAUGAUGAUGUGGAUGAGUUCGCCUCUGCAAGCGUGCCUGCGAAAAAGUGGAUGACCGAGCUGGAGAUUCUGCAGCGAGUGGUGAUGUCUGAGCUUAACCCCCUCAAGAUGUGCUCUAUUAAUGUCGUCAUGCAGUUCGCUCGCGUUGCACAUGCGACAGGUUUCAUAUACUGUUAUUCCAUAAUGGAAGCGAACAGGCGGUCAGAGUACGCACCCCAGAAUGCGAGUGGCGGAUCUCAAUCUGGGAAGCGCGGGCCCGUUGUGCAUCCCUCGAUGCUCGGGCAUUCGAUAAAUUCGGAACUGAAUACCUUUUUCCCAUUUGACCCCUACAAACUUCCCCGGUCUGGGUCAUAUAUCCAAGGUGUCUAUCGAGAGUGGUCGUCUGUUGCCAUUGAUGAUGAGGACGAUGACGAUGAGGACGAUGACGAUGACGAUGACGAUGACGAUGAGGACGAGAACGAGAACGAGCAGGCCAGUGAAGACGACGAAGAUGAAGAUGCGCUUGCAAACAGCAAACCGCAAGACAUUGCGGUGAGUGGACUGCGACCGAACUCUGCUGAUGACGAGGCGAAUGGAUUGGGAGCAUCGUUUGGUGGGAUGAGCAUCAGCCCGAGGAUGGUCGAUAUCAUACCAAUGAGCGUAUCAGUCUCGUAG